AAAUGGUAACACGAAGCUACAGAACUGUCUUGGGUGGCUCUAUGCACAACCAUUUCCCCCAUUCCGUUUCCAACCUCUAUUACCAUACCUACCCAAACCAUUUUCCACACAAGAGAUGUAUGUGUACCCAUCAUGCCAUCACCGUCGGAUGCAGAUCGGACGGCGGAGGACCCUCCCAAAAAAGUGACAGCACAGUCAAAAACGGCAAAAAGUAAAGAGUAGAAACCGAAGAGGGCAAGCCAGGUCAAAACCCCCCUCAAAUCGGAAACCUACAAAGCCUACACCUACACAGCCUAGCCUUCUUGUCCUCCACUACCACUGUGCAGCUUCCUUCCUCCGCCAUAAAGCAGAGGAGAGAGAGCCUCACGUGAGAGGCCUCCUCGGUCUCGCCGCGCUCCCCCCAAAACCCCCCAUUUUGCCAUCAUCGCCUCGUCGCCGCCGCCAUCCGCCGCCGUCGUCGCCGUCGUCGCCGGCGACGAGUAGGGAGAAGCUGUCUGGUGGUUAGCGAUGGAAGAUCCUGAAAUUACUGGUCAGCAGUCACCAAAUGCCACAAGUAUUGUGACGGAUCUCAUGGAUUUGGAUGACAUUAUUGUUGAGGGCAAUGAGGUACAGUUUGCUAUGGAUGUGGAUUUGAGAGCAAUACCAUCUCUGAAAGAUGGAGGGCACACAGACCCACUGGUACAAAUCCCAGGUGACAUGUCUCAUAUGGAUGUGGAUUUGAGAGUGAUACCAUCUCUGAAAGAUGGAGGGCAUGCAGACCCACCAGUACAAGUCCCAGUUGACAAGAGGAUUGCAAGCCUAGAGAAGCUCUGUAAAGAAGCAUCAAGAUCAUUUUUCAGGGAAACUAGGCUAGUUAGCCAUCAGAUAAACUCCUACAAUGAUUUUGUCUCUCAUGGGCUCCAAAAGAUGUUUGAUUCUCUCGAUGAAGUUACUGUCGAGCCUGACUAUGAUCCUUCAAAGAAAGUAGGCCCCUGGAGGCACGCGACCAUCAAGUUUGGUCGAGUGGAGCUUGAGGAGCCGGUGUUUUGGGUCGACAACUGUGAUCUUGAUGUGGAAACACUCAAACUGAAGCCUAAACAUGCUCGCCUCCAGAAGAUGACAUACUCUUCAAAGAUGAAAGUAGAAAUGACUGUUCAGGUCUAUUCACUCCACAAAAGCGACAAAGCUAAAACUGGCGAGGACCCAUAUAUACAAAGAAAAGAUAUAAUGAAAGAGACUAAAUGGGUCACUAUUGGCAAGUUACCUGUCAUGGUGAAGUCAAAUUUGUGCUGGCUGCAUAAACUUCAGGAAAGCGAAUGCGAGUAUGAUUUUGGUGGAUAUUUUCUUAUCAAGGGAAUGGAAAAGGUAUUCGUUGCUGAAGAGCAGAGAUGCCUCUCCAGGAUUUGGAUCAAUGACAGCCCCACCUGGGAGGCUUGUUACCAACGGUCUCAAAUCCGACGAGAAAAGAUCUCUAUAAAACCUGUUCAGUCUAAUGAUGGUUUCAGAAAAGUCAUUAACCUGUACUUUUUGGGUGCAACUAUACCAAUCUGGAUAAUGUUUUUUGCACUAGGUGUAUCAUCAGACAAAGAAGCUUUUGAUAUUAUUGACAUACAAGAAUGUGAUGCUUCCAUGGCCAACAUAAUAUCAGCUACUAUAACUGAAUCUCAUGAGCAGUGCGAAGGCUUUCAGAGAGAAGGGAGAGCCAGUGAAUAUAUUGAUAAGUUGAUCAGGAAUACAAAGUUUCCACCAAAAGGAUCCUUUGAUGAGUAUAUUGGUAGGCAUAUGUUUCCUGAUGUUAGUGGGAAUAGGAGCAAAGCACUCUUCUUGGGAUACAUGGUGAGAUGUCUUCUAUUGGCUUCCUCUGGCAAUCGGAAGAGUGAUAAUAGGGAUGAUUUCCGCAACAAGAGGCUGGAUUUGGCAUGUGAAUUGCUCCAGAGAGAGCUAUGGGUACAUAUUAUGCAUGCCCAGAAACGUAUGGUCAAGGUCAUGCAGAGACAUUUGAGUGGUGAUGGUGACCUACAACCUCUUGAGUGUUAUGUCCAUGCAUCAAUUGUUACCAAUGGUCUCAACCGUGCCUUCUCCACUGGUUCCUGGUGCCAUCCAUUUAAUAAAAGAGAGAGGUGUUCAGGGAUUGUUGCAACCCUUAGGAGAACAAAUCCUCUUCAAAUGAUGUCUGACAUGAGGAAGACACGACAAUGGGUUGCAUAUGCUGGAAAGGCUGGAGAUGCUAGAUAUCCGAAUCCAUCAUAUUGGGGAAAGCUAUGUUUCUUGUCCACUCCUGAUGGUGAAAAGUGUGGAUUUGUGAAAAAUCUUGCCAUUACUGCUAUCGUUAGUUGUUUGGCAAGGGAGCCCUCGGUUGACGCACUUGUUUCUUGUGGGAUGAAGAAACUGGAUGAACUGCUUCUACAAGAGAUCAGCGGGAAAGACAGAAUCUUCUUGAAUGGAAACUUGGUUGGAGUUUGUGCAGACUCAGUCGAGUUUGUUUUGCACUUAAGGAGCAUGAGACGCAGGAAGCAAAUUGAUGCACAGGUGGAGAUCAAAAGGGACAAGCAAAACAAAGAAGUUCGUAUAUUUUCCGAUCCAGGAAGGAUUCUAAGACCUCUUCUUAUUGUCGAAAAUCUACGAAACAUCAUGAAUCGAAAGAAUGGAUCAUACUCCUUCCAGGAACUUAUGGAUCAAAAUAUAAUUGAGCUGAUUGGUGUUGAAGAAGAGGAGGAUAUCCGGUGUGCUUAUGGAAUUAGGCAUCUCUUUGCAGGGGACGAAGAAAAGAAUUUCUCAUUCUAUACUCAUUGUGAACUUGACCCUUCUUUCUUGCUAGGAUUGAGUUGCAGUAUCAUUCCCUUUGCCAACCAUGAUACUGCUAAGAGAAUUCUAAUGCAAGCUGAAAAGAUAUCGCAACAGGCUAUUGGCUACUCCACUACGAAUCCUCUCUUUAGAGUUGAUACACAUUCCCAUCAGCUCUAUUAUCCACAGAGACCUCUGUUCAAAACUGUAGCUGCUGAUUGUCUUGGUAAGAGAGACUAUACAUCUGGAAGCAAACAUGACUUUGCCAGACCAGAGUAUUUCAAUGGCCAAAAUGCAAUAGUCUCAAUCAGUGUCCAUCAGGGAUUUAACCAAGAGGAUUCUUUGGUAUUGAAUAGGGCCUCUUUAGAGCGUGGCAUGUUUCGAACACAACAUUUUAAGAGCUAUAAAGCACUGAUAGAAAACAAAGAGAUCACCAAACGAUUAAAACACAAGGAAAAUAUCAAUUUUGGAAAAACUCCUAGCAAGAAAGGCCUGGUUGACAGUUUAGAUAUUGAUGGCUUACCAUAUAUUGGAGCAAGUCUUCAGAGUAAUGACAUUAUCAUUGGAAAGGUCUCAGACUCUGGUGAAGAUCAUAGCAUCAAGCUGCUACAUACUGAAAAAGGAAUAGUGGAGAAGGUUGUUCUUUCAGCUACUGAUGAUGGGACAAAUUCUGCGUUUGUUACUCUAAGACAGACUCGCUCGCCACGCAUUGGAGACAAGUUUGCCAGCAUGCAUGGCCAGAAAGGAGUCAUUGGCUUCUUGGAUUCCCAGGAGAACUUCCCUUUUACUCACCAAGGCAUAGUUCCUGACAUUGUGAUCAAUCCCCAUGGCUUUCCAACUCGUCAGACUCCCGGCCAACUUCUUGAAGCUGCACUAGGCAAAGGAAUCGCCCUCGGCGGUGCCACCCGGUAUGCGACACCGUUCACAAGUCCAUCUGUGGAAGUGAUCACAGAGCAGCUGCACAAGGCUGGGUUCUCCAGGUGGGGAGGGGAGAGCGUGAUCAACGGCCGCACCGGCGAGCGUGCGGCGUCGCCGGUGUUCACCGGACCGACGUUCUACCAGCGGCUCCACCACAUGGCCGAGGACAAGGUCAAGUUCCGGAACACCGGCCCGGUGCACCCGCUGACGCGGCAGCCGGUGGAGGACCGCCGCCGGUACGGCGGCGUCAAGUUCGGCGAGAUGGAGCGCGACUGCCUCCUCGCCCACGGCGCCGCCGCCAACCUCCACGAGCGCCUCUUCCUCCUCAGCGACGUGUCGCGCCUCCACGUCUGCCGCCGAUGCCAGCGCGCCGCCGUCGUCGUGUCGCCCGCCGUCGCCGCCGACGGCGGCGGCGGCCGGAAGGUGAGGGGGCCGUACUGCAGGUUCUGCAGGUCGGCGGAGGAGGUGGUGAGGGUGAGCGUGCCUUAUGGCGCCAAGAUCCUCUACCAGGAGCUCUUCUCCAUGGGCAUCUGCCUCAAGUUCGACACCGAGCUCAUCUAGAGUAGACUCUCAGCUUUGGACGGGAAACAUCAUGAUUUAUUCUUUUAAAAAUGGGAUUUUUAUCAUUUUUUAAGAACAUUUUUAAGGACAUUUUAGUCUGGUGAGGAGAGUUGACAAUUUACUCCAUUCAUUUUAUAUUAUAAGACGCUUUGGAUUUGUCGUAAUAAGUCUCUUGAAUGUCAUUAAAACCUGUAUUGGGAUAUUAUCCAAUUGGGGCAAUUGUGUUCUUACCCCUACUUUCAUAUCUAAUUGUGAUUUUACCCCUC